ACUGUUCUUCAGGGGAUUAUUUUGCUACCCAUCCGUGCCAUAUGCAUUGCAUUCAUUGUACUGCUAGCAUGGCUCUGUGCAUCAAUUGCAACUUUCCGUCACCAUGGAAAAGGAUCUGUGCCACUUAAGGGAUGGAGAAGGAGGAUGAUCCAGACAACACUCUCAUGCCUAACGCGUACCUUGUUCUUCAUAAUGGGUUUCCAAGUUAAAGUAAAAGGGAAAAUAGCAAGUCUGCUGGAAGCCCCAAUCUUUGUUGCAGCUCCUCAUUCAAGCUUUUUUGAUGCCAUUAUUUCUGCCCUAACUGGAAUGCCAUCAAUAGUGUCUAGAGCAGAGAACCUGUCAGCUCCGGUAUUUGGCACAAUUUUAAGUUCCCUUCAGCCUGUAUCAGUUUCUCGUCAAGACCCUGAUUCACGAAAGAAUACAGUCACCGAGAUAACUAAGCGGGCAUUAUCAAGAGGCCAGUGGCCACAGAUACUGAUUUUCCCAGAAGGCACCUGCACAAACCGAUCUUGCCUGAUCACAUUUAAACAAGGUGCCUUUGUUCCACGAGUCCCUGUACAACCUGUGUUGCUCCGAUACCCCAAUAAGCUGGAUACUGUGACCUGGACAUGGCAGGGCUAUUCACUAAAAGAGCUGUGUGUAAUGACGCUGUGUCAGCUCUUCACGAGGGUAGAAGUUGAGUUUCUGCCUGUUCAUGUUCCUACUGAGGAAGAAAAGAACGAUCCCAUUCUUUUUGCCAACAGAGUCCGGCAAACCAUGGCAACUGCUCUGAAUGUGCCAGUCACUGAUCACACUUUUGAAGAUUGCAGACUGAUGAUUAUGACUUUACCCAUGGAAGCUGGGCUGGUGGAGUUCACCAAAAUUAGCAAGAAACUCAACCUAAAAUGGAAUCAUGUCAGAGAGCAGUUGGAUACCUUUGCUGCUAUUGCAAGUGCUUCCAAAGGGGGAAGAAUCGGAAUUGAAGAGUUUGCAGAGUACUUGAAGCUGCCUAUUUCAGAUGUCCUUAAAGAGCUGUUUCUACUCUUCGACAGGAAUGGAGAUGGCACCAUCGACUUCAGAGAAUAUGUAAUUGGGUUGUCUAUUCUUUGUAACCCAGCCAACACAGAAGAGACUAUUCGGAUGGCAUUUCAGCUCUUUGACAUGGAUGAGGAUGGCACUAUAACGGAAGAUGAGUUUGCUUGUAUCAUUCAGUCAGCUCUGGGGGUGCCUGAGCUUGACGUUUCUAUGCUCUUUAAAGAAAUAGAUGCAGAUGAAACCGGGAGGCUGUCCUAUGAUGAGUUCAAGGACUUUGCACUCAAGCAUCCAGAAUAUGCCAAGUUGUUUACUACAUACCUAGAGCUACAGAGAUACCAGUUAGAUAUGUUGGAGGAGGAUGACAUUGAGUCAUAUGAAGUCAAAGACAGUCCAGUUAGAAAGACUACAAUCCCCGUCUCAGAAACAACACCAAUUGCAAGAAAUAAAGUCUGCCCUGAAGGCAAUGAAGAGGAAAACUCAAGUACCUCUGACAAAAAGGAUGACUGA